GAUACCCCCCAAAACUACUUAUGUAGUACUUCAAAGUAUUUUUGACUUAAUUAAGUACGUUGCACCACUGCAAGAGAUCUGUAAUCUAUUGCCUUUAACUUCCAGACCGCAUUUCGGCGCUAAUGCACACUCAAAAGACAACCUAAACCGGAAGUACGAAGCCAAAAGAGUUUGACAGUUAUUUACCAGUUUAUUUAAAUGUACAUUGUAACGUUAGCAUAGCUAUUUGUAAAAAAGAAUACAGUAACUUUCGAUUAAAUAUUCUCAGGCGUUGGUAUUUCCCAGCCUCCAUCCAACGAGACGCGAGGUUACGACCAACAACAUUGGCAGUCAUCAUAAAUUAAAACUAAACUAGAUUUAUAUCCAAUUUAUCCGUUAGCUAGCUAGCUCAGGGAUUGAUUUACAAUGGAAGAGGUAGUAGUCUGAACGUGUGCUAGCCACAUCACUUUUCUGCUCUGCAAACUGCUCGUGUGUGCUAUACCAAAUGGUGCGGCUAGCUUGCAAGUCAAGUUGCUCAGUAUUUGUAGAGUACAACGCAUGCUAGCAACAGCAGUACUAGCUAGCUACGUUGUUGUUGCUUGAUGAUGUGAUUUUGUUUUCUAGUAGGUAUCUAACGUUAGCUAACAUAAGCUAACUGGCCAGCGCUAGCUAGCUAGGUGAAAUGAAAAUCCAAUGAAAAUGAGCUGCUGUAAUUUGGUUUGCAUUGAUUGAUCGUUUUUAAACCAGGUAUAUUUAGUUGGAACGGUUUCUUUACUGAGAAAUGGUCAUUUCUAUAACAAGCAGAGACAUUGCCUUGCUGUUAAGGAUGGUGUCAUAUUGCUGAGUCCAUCUUUCAUAAUGAAGCUUGUUGUGAAAACUGCCUGUCACUCUUCAUCAUAUAGGAUUCUGAAGACCCGUCCAGCCGUCUCCAUCCUGCUCACUGAACCCCAACCCACUGUGUCCCCGGGUCCUGACAGAAACCAUGGUGAUCAGAAAGAACACGCAGGGUCAGGAGAGGGUUACUGUGAGUCUGGACAUCAACAUGAAACACCAACAUUUAAUAUCGUAGUCAAAGAAGAAGAAGACUGGGAACUAGAUAAUACAGGAGAGAGUCCCAGCCAUCACUCUGCAGGCGGGGAGAGACCCUCUACAUCAGGAGAACCUGAGCAACACCAGAUGAAAUGCAGAACGAGGCAGAAAAAGACCCACCCAUGCCCAGAUUGUGGGAAACACUGCCAGACAUUAUCGGCACUACAAAUACACAUGAGAACCCACACAGGAGAGAAGCCUUACCUCUGCUCUGAGUGUGGGAGGGCUUAGCAUCAAUGUAGUUUGACAUACCACCACCAGAAGAAACAUUCUGAACAGAUUAAAACAGACCCGGAUGACAAGAUUGGCUGCUGUUGUGGACAAGAGUUCUCUUCAAAGAAUGUUCUGGAGGUUCACUUGAAGACAAACGCUGGCGACAAGCCUUAUGCCUGCUGUGUGUGUAAGAAGACUUUUACUCAUAAAGCAUUACUGAAAGUACACCAGCGAUCCCACACAGGAGAGAAGCCUUUCUCUUGCUCUCUGUGUGAGAAGAGUUUUACUCAAAAAGGAAAUUUGACAACACACGAGAAGUCGCACGCRGGACAGAAACAUCCUUGCUCAGUCUGUGGAAAGAGUUUCACWCAGAAAGGCUARCUGAAGAUUCAUCAGCGGCUUCARUGUUCUGAAGGGGACURGAGUUCCUCUGUAUCAAGAGAACUUGAACACCGACAGAGGAGAYCUAAGGAGACUCACCGAUGCCCAGACUGUGGGAAGGAGUUCCCUCAAACAUAUUACCUGGACAGACACAUGAGAACACACACAGGAGAGAGGCCUUACCAGUGCUCUGUGUGUGGGAUCAGUUUCACGCAGAAAGGAAAUUUAAAAACGCAUCAGAAAGUGCAUACAGGAGAUUAUCCCAGCUCCUGGUCCACUGGUGAGGGGAGUCCCUGUACYUCGGGAGAAGCUGAACAACACCAGGAGAACCACACGGCCGUCACAUCUCACGGCUGCCUAGUGUGUGGCGAGGAAUACUCAAACCUCCCAGAACUACACAAACACAUGAGAUCUCACUCGGGAGAAAAGUGUCUCAUCUGCCCRGUGUGUGGCAAGACUUACUCCAGAGAAUUUGACCUCAAAGUCCACCUCAGAACACAUACAGGAGAGAAACCCCACGAGUGCAUCGAAUGCGGCAAGAGCUUUGUCCGUAAACAAGGGCUCCGGCAGCACCAGCGGACACAUGAUGCCAAGCCCAUCGGACCGACCCGCCAGUUAGGCAGGCCAAAGCAGUUAACCACCAUGGACAGGCCAAAGCAGUUAACCACCAUGGACAGGCCAAAGCAGUUAACCACCAUGGACAGGCCAAAGCAGUUAACCACCAUGGACAGGCCAAAGCAUUCAUCCAGGGCUCAGAUGUCCAAGAAAGUGCCUAAAAUGGAGAGUGAUACAGAGAUGCAGGACUGCCAGUACUAUGACAAUUAACCGCGACUUUGUCUCUUAGUAGGUAGAGUUCUUCUCGCUGAAGCUGUGUCUGUGUUGUCGCCAUCUCUGAUCAGUAAGAUAAUUAUGCUAAUUCUCACUCAUCUCAUCAAUCAACAUAUUAUGAUCAACAGAAAGGGGGGGYYAAAGUGUCCCUUUUUUGGGGGGGUCAAUUUUUCAUCAAUGCUGUGAUGGUGCUAAGAAAUCAACAGUGACUUGUAGCCCKCUUGUGAAAUGUUCCUCACUGAUAAUAACCAUGUCAUGAUUAAUAAAGAAGCAUUCUGGUUAGGACACCUGUUGUCUUUCCCUCCAGGCACAGCGUCCUUCUCGAGA